UUUUUAACGACUUGAAACCUGAUGAAAUCGUUGACAAAGCCCUUGCAUUUAUUCAACCAAUAUGUGUUGAUGGAGUUCAUACGAUGGUAGUUAUUGGAACAGAUGUGAUAAAUAAAGCGACCAUUGUGAGAAAGUUUCAGAACGCUGCUGAAUGUUCAGGAAUGACACACAUUGAAGCUAUUGGACACGCAUGUGCACAAAAUGACACACAGCCACACAUUUUGUUGAAUAUGGACGAUCACAAAGUCUGCUUUUUCACAUCCCUUUCUAGUCAACAAGCAACUGAAACUGACCCGCUUGAUAUCUUCAACUACAUCGGAGAUAAAUGUUUGAAACAACUGCAGCGACAAUAUACGUUUAAACAGAAUGAUAAAAGGGACGGCGAAAUAAACAAUGUUUCAGAACAGCUAGAAAGUAAACUACUUACAUUUAAUGGAGAUGAGGACAUUCAUAUUUCUGUGCUUGAUUCAUGUUAUGUUAGCUGCGCUAACACAGAGGGAGUUGAUGUUAUAGAAGUCCCAAAAGCUGUUGUCAAUGACAUGCUUUGCAAAGAAAUUGAGGACUAUGUCCUAGCUGCUUUUACAGCAUAUGGGUUUACUGAAUAUGCUGUCUUUCAUCUUUAUGGUGCUUCGCCAUUUUGUCUGAAACUGCAAACCACGCUGCCGAAUACUCUCGGAGACAAUAUUACCAUUCGCAAGUGCGUUAUAAAAACAACCAGAACGAAUUUUACAUGA